AUUUCAGACAUUUAUUUCGUUACUGUCGCCUGCAGGAAAUUGUAAAUUUUCUCUUAAGAUUUCUUCGUGACUUUUCUAGAGCCGUCUUGAAAGAAAGAUGCAGUUCACCAAAGUCCUCGUGUUCCUGUUACCUGUAUUUGCGUUAGUGAGCGCACGUGGGGGGGCCUUGGUAGACUUCUCGGAUCCUAAGGUCCAAGGCCACCUAGACGCCCUAGUCCGCAUGGCGCAGUCCUGCGUAAUUCGAGUAAGAGCUACGCCCAAAGAUGUCCGUGCGUACUUCACCAACUCUGCUCCUGUGACUCGCUCCGGCCAAUGCUUCGCAGCGUGCAUGCUUGAACAGAGUGAUGUCAUCAACCAUGGGAAGGUAAACCGUGAGCUACUCGUUCACCUCGCCAGCUUAGUGAACGGCAAGAAGUCCCGCGUAGUGCGCAAGCUGAACAGCGUCUCCCGAAUGUGCCUCGACUCCAUCGAAGGCCUGUCGGACCGCUGCCAGCUCGCCUCCACCUACAACGACUGUCUCAACGAGAACAUGAUCGAAUUUGCCUUCCCACUCGACCUAGCCGAAGAAGCGGUCAGGAAAAUGCCCUUCCACCUCAUGUCACCUAAUUUACCGGACCCACGAGUGUAGUAUAUUUGUACUGAAUUAAUAAUUUUAUAUUUUUA